AUGGCUGUCAGUGAAGGCCUCAAGCUGCUUGCUGGUUAUCUUCUACAGCUCAUAAAAGCCAACUUCAUCGCCUCUGGUAUCCCAACAGGCAAUUUGUUGAUGGAGAUGACUAUUGGAACGAGGGAAUUUGCACUCUCUCAGAAGUACCACAAGGAACUCCUCCGGUUGAAACAAAACGACUACACAAAAGCGCAUGAACUUCUCGAGCAUGUUUACAUGGACCAACAAAUAUCAAACACUGAUGCCUCUGAUUCGAGGUCUUUUUGGAACCUGCCUAUGCUCGCGAUGGCGCACCUACUUUCUGCUAGCUUAUUCGGGAAACAAAGGGAUCCCAAUGUCUUUGACAAUGCAGUAAUUGCAAAGCUCCCAUUAUCACCUACAGAUGCAGUCAGCCACCAGAGCUUAAGAGAUGCAGUCCACCAGCAAUUCCAGGUGGAAAUCCAGGGACAAGAACCGCUUGUGCCUAGCAUUGCACAUAUAGGUGUCAGGAAAGUAACUGAAAACGGUGAUCUCCUCAACAUUUCGCCACUAUGGUAUGAAACCUCUACAGGAGAAAUGCUUGGCAGAAUGACCCCGCCUGAAUAUCGAAUGUCUCAGCGCCAAGGAUCCUCAGAUAUUGCUACCGCGGACGAAGAAGAGAUGUACAAGGAAUAUUCCACUUACGCAGAUAUUUCUACCGAUUCCUCGCUGAACAACUCGGACACUGAAGAACAUGGCUGGGAGUCUGAUCGCAGCUGGAAAUACUACUGA